AUGAAGUUCAUAGGUCUUGGUCUACUCUGUCUGCUCUGCUCAUUGGCAUGGGCUGAUGAGCCAUCUGAGAGUGUUCCCGAAUUGGGGGAGAGUCCUGAAGCAAAUGAAAACGAUUUUUCACAACCUUGGCCAAUAGCUUCCUUUGCUGUUGUGGACGGUCAUUUGGUGUCCGCCAUUGGAAAGGCGAAUUGGUUUGAAGCUAAUGAAGCUUGUGCUCAGUACGGCUUCACGCUGGCUGCUCUUCCUUCACAAGCUUCGGCAAAUGCUAUGUACAAUGCAAUCAGGAAAUCGGGCCUACAAAGUCAAUUGACUGAACCAGUUUGGACUUCAGGCACGAAUAUGGCAAACAACAAUGUAUGGAGUUGGUUUUCAACUGGGGAUACUCUCGUUCAUCGCAAUUGGGCUAAUUCACAGCCCGCAAGUGGAUCUCGUUGCUUGGCUUUUAAUGCAAACAAUGCUUACUGGACCGCUGAACUUUGCAACACUAAACGUCAUUUUGUGUGUCAAUGUACUUAAUAAUAGUAACCACAAAUAUACUUAUAACAUAUAUCUUUGGUGAUGGUGUAUAAAAACAUAAUAAAAACUUUCUGAUUGCAACAAAAUUAAA